UUCUAGAGAGAGAUGGAUGUAGCAAUGAACAGACAGAGGGUUCUGCUGCAGCAUUUGAGACCCAAUUCUUCUGUUUCUUCUUCCAAUUAUGAAUCUGCUCCUCUUUCUGCUUCAAUAUGUGCAGCUGGAGAUAGUGCUGCUGCCUACCAUAGAACAGCUGCUUUUGGAGACGAUGUAGUGAUUGUGGCCUGAGUGAUUUAAACUGACUGAUAAAGUUACUUGAUUUUUGUGUCUUCGUAUAAAAUUUAUAGCAAAGUUUGUAACUUUAUUUGCAAGGCAAAGCGAGGCGCUUUUAAGGACACUCUACCUGAUGAUUUACUGGCACCUGUUUUAAAGGCAUUGCUGCUAGAUUGGAGUCAUUGACAGUUGAUAAACUUGGCAGAUCCCGUAAAAUUAACCCUCUAGUGGAUAUCUUUGCACAAGCCCGCGACUGCCUUCUUCCAAUGGGUAUUACUUCUGAAAAUGUUGCACAACGUUAUGGUGUGACUCGGGAGGAGCAAGACCGCUGUUGAAUCACAUAGGCAUGCUGCUGUAGCCCAAGCAUCUGGUAAAUUCAAAGAUAAAAUUGUCCCUGUAUCAACUAAGAUUGUGGACCCAAAAACCGGAGAGGAGAGGCCUGUUACAAUUUCUGUGGAUGAUGGUAUCCGACCAAAUACAAACAUGAACGAUUUGGCAAAACUAAAGCCUGCAUUUAAACGAGAUGGAUCUACAACUGCAGAUCUUUUAUCACUCGAUUUUUAUAAAGCAUUCUGCCUACUACACAUGACAGUUUCUUCAUUUAAUUUUAUACAACUCUUUCUUUACGUAUGAAGGGUUUUUUUUUGUUUUGUAUAACUUGUUUGAAUCAUUGUGAAUCAGUUCAUUACUUUUGACUUUCAGGAAAUGCUAGCCAGGUGAGUGAUGGUGCUGGAGCAGUCCUACUCAUGAAAAGAAGUUUAGCUAUGCAGAAGGGACUUCCUAUUCUUGAUGUUUUCAGGAGUUUUGCUGCCAGUGGUGUGGAUCCCGCUGUCAUGGGAGUAGGUCCAGCUUCUGCAAUUCCAGUAGCAGUGAAAUCUGCUGGUCUUGAGCUUGAUGAUAUUGAUCUGUUUGAGAUAAUUGAGGCAUUUGCAUCUCAAUAUGUUUAUUGUUGCAAGAAAUUGGAGCUGGAUCCUGAAAAAGUCAAUGCUAAUGGAGGCGCUAUUGCUCUAGGCCAUCCUUUAGGCGCUACAGGUGCUUGUUGCGUAGCAACUCUCCUAAAUGAAAUGAAGCGUCGUGGCAGGGAUCACCGCUUUGGUGUUAUCUUCAUGUGCAUAGGCUCAGGUAUGUGGGCUUCUGCAGUUUUUGAAAGAGGGGAUUCAGUUGAUGAGCUAUGCAACGCUAGAACUGUAUAAAGCAACAUCUUGUGUCAAACGAUGCUAAAUAAACACUUGUUUAAAGCAACAAUCUUGCAGAGAGCAAACACAAUACAAUCUCAGUGUACGAGCGACAUUGCCUUGCUUCCAUCUGUGUUGGUGCUUUAUCCUUUUGCAGACGGCUGGGAUGUUGCGGCCUACUGCAGCACUAAUGGAGCCUUCCAACAAGAUAUUUGCAGUCUGGACUUAAAACGAACUAGAAUAUACAUGCUUCACCUUCCAAACUAGAAUCCUGAGUUUUUUUUUUCUCUCUCUCUUUUUAUUAUUUUGAUCCAGCUAGGUCUGGUUCGUUCAUCUUGAAAUCCACUAUUUCCUCUA